GUUACUCGUGAGAAUUAUAUUAAGUGCCCGGAUGUGAAUAAAUUAACUAUUGUCUCUCGUUCAGCCCAGAUUAUCGAAGAAAAAAAGCAUGAUCAGAGGUUGUCCAGUAUUCAAAAUCUAAUUUCGCUGACUGUACAAGAACAAAAAAAGCCAGCAACAGAACAGAAUAGAGACAAAAAGUCAUUGUAAAGGUAAGAGAAGGCCGUUGUUAAUACGAAUCACGUCCAAGAUAUCCAGAUUUACCAAGGACAGACAAGAGUGAUGUCCCUUCCAAGUGGUCAACGUGUUCCUUAUGGAGUCGCUGUACAGAUGCAGGGAGGGGUUCCGGGAAUGGCCCAGAUGCCCGCAGGAAUGUCCCCUGUGGGCGGGAUUCCCGGAAUGCAGGGCAUGCAAGGCCUAGGCGGGAUGCCCGGGAUGACCGCUGUUCAGAUGCAGGCAGGUGGAAUGUCCAGGGCAUCCAAUGGCCUUGGUGGAAUGUACCCUGGUGCAGAAAAGCAGGGCAUGUUGCCAGGGGCACCACAGGGCUAUCCUGGACUCGGCCAAGCCGGUCUACUAGCUACAUCAAGCUCCCUAGGCCAGCCUGGGGCAGCGUAUUACGGAUCUGGUCAGCCGACCUACAUACCAGUAAGCUGUGCUGAUGGCCAGCAGAGAUACAUGGUCUCUCCCAACUACGGGCUCAGAACCACCAGUCCUUUGGGGUCCUCACAAUCCAUGAUGAGUUCCUCACCCUACCCACUUGGCAUGGGAGGCUACUCCAUGCAGUCCAGCAUGGCCCAGCAGGUUCCUGUGACAAUGACAUCCCUUGUAUCCCAGGCUGGUUCCCCAUAUCCAACAUAUAUUGGUUCUCAGUUCACCCCACUGCAGAUCCAGGCCUCACAAAAUCCAUAUGCUGGUCACCCACUCUAUCCAUCGCCAUAUGCCGGGCUACAAAUGCAGCAAGGACAGGUGCCUAGUAGCCAGUUUAGCCGAGUAGCCACUGUCCCUGUUGGAGGACCAUCUCCCAGUGGACUCCCGUUGGCUUAUCCCACUGCUGCACACUAUCAAGGGCCUUGAAAAUACCAACGGGAAAAACAAGCGAGAAAUUUUCCGUUUGCGAUGUUUCCUUGGUGGUUGUUAUUUGUCAUCUGUUGUCAUUUAUGGUGCUGUGGUUGGCAGUAAUUGGGAGCUCUUGUUUUAUGAAUUAAGGAGCUUAAAUCACUCACUCACUCUUCUGAUUCUUUCCCAUUUGUUGUACAAAAAUGGUUUUGUUGAAUGCAUUUUAUUUUCAAUAAUCAAAUGACAGUGGUGAUAAAAAACCCUUUUAAACAAAAUAAGUUCACAAGUCUAAUAUGGCCCAGGAUGAAAACAAACUUUCUUUUCAUUUUGUCUCUUUUAAUAUAAUAGGGAUUCAUCAUAUCUCUUUUGUUGAUUUCACAAGAAAAAUACAUCACGUUAAAAAAAAACUGAACAACUAGUUGGUUUUGAGUCUUCCUUUUUGCCCAUAAAAUGCAUUGAACAUGUAUAUUGUAUUGUUGAGGAAAGAACUCAGAUUUAUGAGGAAACUCCUUCAGUAUUUGUAAUUUUACCCUGUUUACACUUAAUGUCUGGUGCAUUCAAUCAAGCUGUUUUGUCAUUCUGUUACAUACGUAUACAAUCAAUUAAAUUGACAAUUAACAAUUUUAAGUUAUGGAGUGUUUCAAAUAUAAUGAAAUGAUUGUUUUUCAUUGAUUAAAAAGCAAGACACAAUUUGUCACAAGAAAUGAAUUAUUUAAUUAAAUGAUAGUCCAUUGAUAGCUAUCAGACAUUAAUUAAAUCAUGUAUCUUUUUAAAAUUGUAAUGAAAUCGACCACUGUCAUUGCCUUCUUCAUAUCCUAUGUUUUAAAUGAAUUGAAAUAUUUUUGUUUGUAUCUUGACAUUUGGACUUGCUGAACAACACAUUUUAGUUUUCAAAAUACUGUUGAUUCUAUGAUGGUUAUCAGUUCUCACCAAAAUCAUGCCUCAUUUAAAUCAAUGAAGCUAUUGAUUUCAUUUUAAUGAAGUGUUUCAUUAAUGCAUUUAUAAAGCACAUAUAAAAUACAGUUUAUUCAGAACCAUUUGUGUGCUUGAUGAUUCAUCGGACAAGAACAUUAAUAUUGCCUUGUGCAUAUAUCUGCCUUUUACCCUCGUACAGUGUUAUACUGAAAGUUGAAAUACAAACAUGCAUAGAAAAAAACAUUAAAGUGGAAUUUUAUUUUAGUAAAGUUAUUUCAAUUGACUUGUUAACAAAUGCAUUGUGACUGUGUCAAUAGAGGCGGUCUGACUUUCGUAAAAAGAUAACAUAUUCAUACAAUAUUGUCCUAUAGCUAAGUAUUUACUCAAUGUUGAAGGCAUGGGUUUUAUGAAUUUUCCACUGGUCAUCAAUGUAAGGUUAAGUUUAUAACCUUUAAAAAUGUUUUGAUCACCCUAGCGUAAACCAUGAUGCACAUGUUCAGAUCAGCACAAUGAUUUAAAAAAAGAUGUUUAAAUGAAUUUAGUUGCCUCAAGUAGUCGAUACACACAUUUUAUUUACAAUGUACUAUUUCUAUAUAUAGGGAAUUAAGUUUUUAAAGAAAUGGUACUUGGUGAAACAUAAAAUCAUGUCAACGAAUAUGUUGGUAGACAUUUGCAUAGUGAUAGUCUAAGAAAUAUGUCCUAUUAUCAUCUGCAGGUGCUUAUAGCAUAUUGUCAUCUGCAGGUGCUUAUAGCAUAUUGUCAUCUGCAGGUGCUUAUAGCAUAUUGUCAUCUGCAGGUGCUUAUAUCACAUUGUCAUCUGCAGGUGCUUAUAGCAUAUUAUCAUCUGCAGGUGCUUAUAGCAUAUUGUCAUCUGCACAGUAACAUAUGGUCAGUCAUUUUCAGAGGUUCCCUUUUAAUGUUGGUCAGUCAUUGGCUUCAAAAUGCACCUGAUAAAAAGAAACAUUUUCUUUCUGUUUUCUGAAUUCUCAGACACUGGAGUGAAAAAUGACUCCAUUUUUAACUGUAAGAUGUUUCUUAAGUUUUCCUUUCACUAACACAAAUUAAGGCUAUUUUCCAGAUAUUCCAUACUGGUCUAACCCCUACAGUUCAAAAUUCAUGUGUUCUAUAGUUUUCCUACAGUUUUUAAGUCUACGCAAUAGUUUGGUAAUUUUAUUUUUUUAUGCAAUUGUAUUAAAACUUUAUACAUUUAUGGUGAUCUCUAACAAUUUUGGAAUUCAUUUAUAGUAAUAAAGGUCUUUUUAAGAAUGAAAGUAAAAUGAUUAUUUUAAUGAAUUUAUUUGCUAGUGCCUUUUGUGGUACUUUUAUUCACUUUUGUGUACUGAAUUUAAGCGAGGUCAGUGUUUGAGUUGAAAUUGCACUGCGCAAGAUUUGUUGAUGAUAUGGGAUUUGUAAACUAGGGUACUAUGAUCUGUUCAAAGACAUGCAUAAUAUCGAAGAGUAAUUGUUAACCAUACAUUACGUUAUUAACUGGUAUGGGUUGUGGGUGUGUUUUGUUUUUUAAGGUAAAUAAAUUUCCAGUCCUGUCACAUCUUUGAUGUCGUCAUUGUCAUUUUGUCAUGAAAACACUAAUGUUGGUAACUAAGAACUACUGAAUACAGACAUGAAACUUGGUACACAAGUUCACUUUACCAGUUAGCACUUUCGAAGCAAGUUUCAUAACCCUACAUGAAAUACUUGUCAAUGUUUGUCCCUUUAUCAGCUGACAAAAACAGACAAGCGUUACCUCCUUUUGGGGUGCUCUUGUUAUGUUUUGACUGUGCCAUUAAUAAAGUAUUUUUGUUGUGUUGGCUUAAAUUUUCUUCUAAACAAUCAACACACCAAAAUAUUAUUGUCAUAAGAAUUGCUCGCAUAUUGUUUCUUGUAAGGUUUUUUUUUCUUUCCAAUUGAGCAAUAUGCCCUUAUGGCAUAUUUCUUGAAUCUCUUUUCCCACUGAAAAUUCUUAAUUGGUUUUACCUAUGUUAACAUUACUGGAGUAUCUCGCAUUGUCUUUGGUCAACAAUGUUGUGUUUUUAAGUUUGAUUUGGUUUUACCUGUUUAACAAGAGAUGAUGGAAUUUUGGAUUUAUCCUGAAAUGAGGAUUAAGAGCAUUAUGUUGCAGACAAGCAUACAUUUGUUAAGUUUGUGCUUGAAAUUUGCAUUGAGAUAGUAAGAAAUGCAUUUAUAAAAAUAUAUACACACAUAACUGACUGUUAAAACAAUUUUAACAUGGGUCUAAGCUCCCUGACUCUGAUUUGUGUCUGAAUUCCUCAUGUUCUUAACUUAAUUUUCAGGAAUUCUUAUCAUCACUGGUUUAAGGAAGUCAUGAUCUGGUUAUGUUUCAAGGGUAGAAGGUAUGGAAUGGGCUCUUGAAUGCCCUCCUUUCCAAACAACUUUUCAGUAUAUUCAUAUAUCAUGUUUAGCUGUGUUGGUAUUUGGUUCUUAGCAUUUAUGAAAUCCUGUUCAUACGUUAACUGUGUUCAUAUGAAUACAUUCUUUAGACAAUGUCAUCUAUUAUGUUAGUGAUAAUUGUUUCUAUCGCAAGUAUCAUUUUGAUAUGUACUCUUUGACAAUGUUUUGAAACCUUGUUUUAUAUACUUGCUUUAAUAAUAAAUAAUUUUUACAGUA